AUGCCGAAGCUGAAGCGCUCGAGAGUGUGGCUGUACUUCACAGCAAAAGAUAUAAACUCAGCAGCCUGCAACAAAUGCUUAAAGGUAAUAAUGUGCAAAGGAGGUAACACCUCAAAUCUAAUGAAACACAUGGCGUCGCAUGGCAUUUUUUUAAAAGCCGAAAAAUGCACCGCAUUUGAUAACUUGCAGCAAGACAUCACACCGAGCACAUCUACUGCGGGUGUGGUGCCUGUUCUCGGAGUUAGCAACAUCCAAGAACCCAAGGAGGAGAGUCCGGCCCCUAGCCCUGCCAGUGUAGCAGAAAUAACUGAUGAUGAUGAUGGCAGCAGCACCCGUUCUUCUCUGGAUACUCCCUUCACCCUGGCCAAAAAGGCUAAAAUGACGAAAGAAAAAGUGGACAAAAUUCAUAGGGCAGUGACAAAAUUUAUAGUCAAAGAUCUCCAUCCAUUUUCAACGGUGGAGUCACCAUCAUUCAGGGAGAUGUCCACUGCCCUUAAUCUAAGGUAUCAGCCCCCAUCGAGGGAUGAUCUAUCCAACACACUUGUACCUGCUUGGUAUUGCGUGGAGAAAAGCAACCUCAUCCAGAAUUUGGCACAGGUUAACAAGGUCGCUAUCACCUGUGAUGGAUGGACCAGUAUUGCUCAGGACCAUUUCCUCACAGUGACUGUUCACUACAUCUACAAAGGCAAAAUCAAGCAGAAUGUGCUUAGCACUGAAGCAGUUUAUGAGUCACAAACAGGUCCAGUUGUCGCUAAAGAAAUAUCAAGUGUUGUGGAGCAAUUUCACUUGGGAGGGAAAAUAAUUGCUGCCACUGUAGACAAUGCCUGCAACAUGGAUGUUGCUUUGAAAAAAUUUGACUUUUUAAAAGUGGGAUGCUUUGCUCAUACCCUCAACCUGGCCGCACAAAAGGUGUAUGACAUUCCUGCAGUUUCCAGCUGGUGUGCCAAAAUCCGUUCAGUUGUGGUGUGGCUCAAACGUUCAUCCUUGAGCAAAACUGUGCUCAGAGAAAAGCAGCGAAUCCUGAAUUUGCCAGAGCAUAAUGUCAUUCUUGACGUUAAGACGCGCUAG